AUGUCACUUCCAUCGCAAGAAAACUUUUUACUUCGAAUGGUUGUCAUUAAAAUCUCUAAAUUAAUUGGAGCUAAUUUAAAAAGUCGACAACUCUUUUCGUGGCAGCAGAAAGCAAUAUUAAUAAUCCAAUUGAUAGCACUUGCGACUCAAAUCAAUGGUCUGAUCAGUGUAUGGCCAAAUGUUGCUGAAAUAUGCAACUCAUUGAUUGUGUGGUUUUUUGGAGUUCAAACAAUUACGAGAGGAAUCAGCACAUUUACAAAAAAUGACGAGAAAAUUUGUCCUGAAAUUGAGAAAAUUAUUGACAAUUUUUUUCAGAAAAGUGAGAAAAAUGAAAAAUUUCGUCAAAUUUUACUUUCGCAUUUAAGAAUCUUUAAGCCAAUUGUAUUGGCAUUUUUGGCAGUCUACUUUAUAUCUAGUUUUCUACCAAUUAUCACAGGAUGGAUAAUGACGUCGAUUGGUGGAGAAGUCAAACUUUUCCUGCCUAUAAAGUUUCCUUACAUCGACCUCAACAACAUUUUUGGAUAUUUAUUUGUCCAAUUUUUUCUAGCUUUAUUGGCAAUGACAUUAUUUGCUAUCAUUGCUACUGGAGACGUCUACAACUUCUACUUGACAUUGCAAACUGUUUUGAUGGUUAAAAUUUUGAACUGUCAGUUUGAUAAACUCGGUGAAGAUUUAAUUAAAGUUCGAGAAUUGGAAGAGAAAACUCAAAAGUUGAGGACCAAAAAAUCCAAGUCUUGGGACAUUUUACUAUUUAAUAAUUCCAUUUUUUACCCCCUCAGAAUGAUGAUUGUAAAGAUGCUACGUCUAAUUGGUGCAAGUUUACCAAAUGGAAAGCUUCUGUCUGUACCACAAAUAAUAAUUUCAAUUAUACAAGCUAUAGCAAUCUCAAUCCAAAUUAAUGGUCUUAUAAAGUUGUGGCCAAAUCGUACCGAAUUAAUUAGAUCGAUAAUUCUUUAUCUUUUGGGCACUCAAACAAUUAUAAGAGGAAUAAGCAGGUUCACAAGAGAUGACGAAAAGGCUUUGAAGGAAAUCAACGGAAUUAUUGACAAACUUUAUGGUGAAAAUGAAAAGGAUGAGAAAUUUUGUCAAAGUUUGAGUUCAAAUGUGAAGCUUUUUAGAAAACUUAUUUUAACUUACUUAAUCACGUGCUGCAUAUUUUAUCAUUUACCAGCUGCAACAGGAUGGAUAUUGACAUUAAUGACUGGAGAAUUUGUCCUGCCGAUGCCACUUAAAUUUCCAUACAUCGACUCAUAUUCAACUUUUGGCUUUCUUCUUUGUCUUGCAUUUACGACUUUGGUAUCGACAACAUUAUUCCUUAUUAUUGCUGCUGGAGAUACAGCCAACCUUUAUUUUACUCUACAAACUAUCACAAUGGUUGACAUGUUUGUUCUUAAAUUGCAGUUUCUUGGAGAAGAUUUGAUAAGAGUACGGAAAUUGGAAAUAAAAAUUCAAAAUGACGAACUUUCCAUAAACUCUAAACCUAGCCAAAAAGUUGGAAAAGCAUCAAUCGACCUAAAGUUGAAAAACCUUAAAGUCAUGCAAAACUUCGUCGAUCAACAAUUUAUAAGGUUAAUCAACGAUUACAACACCUAUAAUGACUACAUAUCAAGAAUCUUUUCAUUCAGAGAAUUAAUAACCUUCACGACUCUAUAUCUGAACUUUAUUGGAAUUGGACUUUCCUUAGUCACCAUCAAGUUUUCAUCAAUAUCGUUUGGAAUCGCAACUGGAAUGAUUUUUACUCUUCAAGUGUUCAUGCAUUGUGUUGAAGGAACACUAGUGAGUAUCCAAAAUGACAAGUUACUAGCUAAGGUUCAGGACUUUCCAUGGUAUAAGCUAUCGCAUCCUCAAAAGAAAAUAUUUUUACAAUUUCUUUGCAUUUGUCAAAGCACUAACAGCUUCAGCUUGCCAAUCUUUGGAGAUGUCAACAUGGAAUUAUUUAAGGACAUAAUGCAAGCUACUUAUUCAUUCUUGAUGUGUAUCAUUCAGUUUGUUAAUUAA